AUGGCUCCUGUUUCUAUGCCUCCUGGUUUCCGGUUUCAUCCAACAGACGAAGAGCUUGUCAUAUACUACCUCAAGAGAAAGAUCAAUGGUCGAACGAUCGAGUUAGAGAUCAUUCCCGAGAUUGAUCUUUACAAAUGCGAACCUUGGGAUUUACCAGGGAAGUCUUUGCUGCCUAGUAAAGAUCUAGAAUGGUUCUUCUUCAGUCCUCGAGACCGCAAGUAUCCAAACGGAUCAAGAACAAACCGGGCGACGAAAGCCGGCUACUGGAAAGCCACCGGGAAAGAUCGUAAAGUGAAUUCACAUUCGCGGACCGUUGGAACGAAGAAAACGUUAGUAUACUACCGAGGAAGAGCGCCUCAUGGUUCUCGUACUGAUUGGGUCAUGCACGAAUACCGUCUUGAAGAGCAAGAAUGUGAAUCUAAAUCCGGCAUACAAGAUGCGUAUGCACUUUGUCGAGUGUUCAAGAAGAGUGGUUUAGCAAACAAGAUAGAAGAACAACAACAAAACCAUGUCAUGAAGAACAAAGGAACUACUAAUAGUGAACAGUCUACUUCAAGUACUUGUUUGUAUUCCGAUGGAAUGUAUGAAAACAUCGAAAACUCGGAAUAUCCAAUCUCACCAGAUACAGGAGGAGGCUUAACUCAACUUGGUAAUAUUUCAUCGUCGUCGGAUAUGGAAACAAUGGAGAACAAAUGGAGUCAGUUUAUGUCGCAUGACACAUCCUUCAACUUCCCAGCUCAGUCUCAAUAUGGAACAAUCUCAUAUCCUCCAACAAAGGUUGAGAUAGAGUUAGAAUGUGCAAGACUACAAAACCGAAUGUUGCCAACGGUGCCACCACUUUAUGUAGAAGAUCAAACACAUGGAGAAUACUUGGGGAACAACGUAGCUAAUGAUACAGAUGAAAUGUUGAGCAAGAUCAUAGCAUUGGCUCAAUCUUCCCACGAGCCACGGAACAGUCUAGACUCGUGGGACGGUGGUUCUGCUUCCGGAAACUUCAAUGGAGACUUUAACUAUUCCCGAGAAAAUAUCGCAUGCGUACAGGCGAACAUGAAGGCUAUAGAUAUGCAAGAACAUUAUGGGAGGUUUAAAGAAGAGAGGCUUGUUGAAAACUUGAGAUGGGUAGGAGUAUCAAGCAAAGAACUAGAAAAGAGCUUCAUUGAAGAACACUCAACGGUAGUUCCUAUAGAAGAUAUUUGGAGCUAUCAUAGAGACACUCAAGAACACCAAAAUCAAGAUCUUAUGGACGUUAAUAACAACAAUGGAGACGUUGAUGAUGCAUUUACACUUGAGUUCUCAGAAAACGAACACAAUGAGAAUCUUUUGGACAAGAACGAUCAUGACACAACGAGUUCACCACGUUUUGAUGUGGUUAAGAAAGUUGAGGUUAGCCAUGGAUUGUUUGUCACAACUCGUCAAGUAACCAAUACAUUUUUUCAACAGAUUGUUCCAUCGCAAAACGUUAUAGUUUAUAUAAAUCCAACGGGCGUAAUCAAUGAAUGUUGUCAUAAUAUGACUUCGAAAGAGGAGGUUCAUGUCGGUAAAAAGAUCGUCAAACCGCGAACCAAUGGAGUAGUCUCGACAAUUCUUGGACCAUGGAGAAAACUCGCUUAUGUUUUCGGCUUCAUUCCUAUGUUGCUUCUAUGUGUUCAUCAAAGAGGUAACUCUAUCAAAAACCAAAGCAGUGAAUGUUACUCGAGGCGGUCCAAGAAAGGAGAUUGUAACAAUCCGGGCACAGUACUCAUGAUGGAAAAUGCUGUCGUGAGAAGAAAAAAUUGGAAAAUGAAGAAGGAGCAAGGUUUGCGAGUUCAAGAUUGUUUCUUGUUGAAGAGAUUGGGGCUAUCUCUUGCUAUCAUCUUAGCUGUUUCUACCAUAACUCUUAUUUGAAUAUUGAAGUUCAAUAUAUCAUAUACGGCUUUGAUUUGCACUUUUUCUAUUGUACUUUCAUUUGCCUUUUCU